CACGGAUACGCGUGUCCCCCGAAUUUCAACCCUGCGGAUUUCUUCAUCCACACAUUGGCCAUUGUUCCCGGCGACGAGGAGAAUUGCAGGAAACGCGUUUUCGAAUUGUGCGACGCCUUUGAGACUUCUGAGGACGGCCUGGCAAUCAAGGACUUGGCGAAUCGCGGGGGUGUCGAAGAGGGGUCGUCCAAGUUGCAGAGCAUCGACGACGAGGUCGUCAUGAAGACCGGGGUCUACAAGGCUGGAUGGUUUGCCCAACUCAACGCCGUUGUUUGGCGGUCCUUUGUCAGCAUAUCCCGGGAACCACUUAUCCUCAAAGUGCGGCUGUUCCAGACUGUGUUGCCGCGGAACAAGGAGAAGGAGUGCAACAUGACUUUCCAGAACGCCUUUGCCGUCAUCAACGUGUUUUGUCAAGAGCUGCCGAUAUUUCUGCGGGAGCACUUCAAUGGAAUGUACCGAGUGGAUGUUUACUUCCUCAGCAAAAUGCUGGCUGAGUUGCCGUUGUUCAUAUUGUAUCCGACGCUCUUCACCGUGAUCACGUAUUACAUGAUCGGAUUGAACCCCGAGUUCAUCCGUUUCCUCAUCUGCGUCGCUAUCGUGAUCUUGGUGUCCAACUGCGCUUGUUCUUUCGGUAAGGCAAUCCCUUUUCUGUUACAAUUCUAA